CGAACGUCCAACGUCACACCAACUUUAUUCCAGUCAGCAACGGUGUCUUUCCAGUGAUGGAUAAGGCAUGAGAAGUCUGACAAACUCUGCAUCUCAGCAAAGAUAAGGACGCACGCGCUCGUGCUGACAGGAGGAGACGCGCUCUGUGUGCUUCAGUGAAAUUUCCCGCAUUUCAACUCUCCCGAGUUAAACAUUAAUCCUGCACAAGGAGGACGUACGAGGCGCAGAUACCGGCAAAAUGAGCAAAGUGCAUGGAGUCACGAAAUGCGUGAAAUACCUGCUUUUCGUCUUCAACUUCAUAUUCUGGGGUCCCAUCAGUCCCACCGCCAAUGCAAGCUCUGUGGUUCUUUGGUGUUAGCAGUGGGACUGUGGCUGAGGUUUGAUCCUAAUACAAAAUCAUUACUGAAUGCAGAUAAUGCUCCCCAAACCUUCUUUUUUGCUGUGUAUAUUUUGAUGGGAGUAGGAGGAAUCAUGAUGCUCGUGGGUUUCUUUGGGUGCUGUGGAGCUGUGAGGGAGUCGCAGUGUCUUCUGGGAUUGUUCUUUUCCUGUCUACUGAUCAUUUUUGGUGCAGAAGUGGCUGCAGGAAUUUUUGGCUUAUUGAACAAAGAUGGGAUUAUUAAUGAGGUUAAAAACUUCUACAGUACCUCAUUCAAUACUACUAGCGGCUUCACCAAAAUCACCUUCGUGUACCAUAAUAAUCUUGAGUGCUGUGGAGACUUAGAGGGAAAAUCUAAUACGUCUCUGUGUACUACCAAUAAUACCAAGGAUUGCCUCAAAGCCAUAGAGGAUUUUUUUAAUGAGAAACUCAUCAUCAUUGGAUAUGUGGGUAUUGGCACUGCAGGCAUCAUGAUAAUUGGUAUGAUCUUCAGUAUAGUCCUAUGCCGUGGUAUACGGAGCAACAGGGAAGUCUUAUAGAUUCUCACAGGCCUCCUAAUUCAGGUUGAACUGUCCUGAAUCUGAAGUCCCGACCUCACUGAGCCAACGUAUUUGAAAGGCUUGCAUAGAGUAGUGUAAGAUAUUGUUGCAGCUUUCUAAUGCUAAUUUCUUUGUUUAAUUGUAUUUGGCUGUGCUGCACCACCACUGCAUGGAUUGAGUGUAUAUGAAUUAAAAUGACCUUUUAUAUUGUUUCGUUUAGCUGGGAGAUUAGUUAUGAUUACAGCCUGAUUUUUAUGUCCAGUUUAGACAUUACUAAGCAGAGAAGCUUGGGCAAACAUAAUUUUUUUCUGUUUUUCUCCUCCUACUAUGCAUUACAUAAAAGGACUGCUAAUGUAAAUAUUGUAUGUAAGGAACAGGUACUGUUUGCUUUGGAAUAUUAUUUUGUGUGCAAAUAUAGUCCAUGUUUGCUGUAGUAAUGUGUUUAGUUUAGGAUAUGAUUAAUGCGCUGUAAAUGUUUAGGUGGUUUGUAAGUGAUUCAUAAAACCAUCAUUCAAAGAUGA